UAAAUAAGCAAAAACCCUAGCCACAUUUUGUUUCCUCGUCUCCUCUCACUCGUUCAACCGGCGCCGCUCGUCUUCAAGGUUUGAGAGAAAAUGAGUCGCGGAGCUGCAGCCGUUGCCAAGGGAAAGAAGAAGGGAGUGUCCUUCUCCAUUGACUGCUCGAAGCCUGUCGAUGACAAGAUCAUGGAGAUUGCUUCCCUCGAGAAGUUCCUUCAGGAGAGGAUCAAAGUCGGUGGCAAAGCCGGUGCCCUUGGUGAUUCCGUCACAAUCACACGUGAGAAGAACAAGAUCACUGUUACCUCCGAAGGCCAAUUCUCCAAGAGGUAUUUGAAGUACUUGACGAAGAAGUACUUGAAGAAGCACAAUGUGAGGGAUUGGCUUAGAGUGAUUGCGGCUAACAAGGACCGUAACCUCUAUGAGUUGAGGUACUUCAACAUCGCUGAGAACGAGGGCGAGGAGGAAGACUAGAAGAGCGCUCUACUCUUGUUUUUGCCUGUUUCUUCUGUUGUUUUGGUUUCUGCUUUUUGCUGCUAUCAAUACAAUUUAUCUUGGUUCUUUUUUUGUGAGAGAUCUUAUCUAGUUUUGGUUGAAGUUAAUUAUCGUUUCAGACUCUUGUUUAAGAGAAGAAUAUCUUGGUAAUUA